UGCAUACGCCAUUUUGCUUCCCAGUGCUUCGGUGUGUGCGGCUGUGCCCAUGUAUGCAUGUGUAUGUGCGUGCAUAUGUGUUUAAGUGUGUGUGCGCGUGGGCGCCUGUCGGUGACUAUACCUCCGUAGCUUCCGAACGUUUAACACCACACGCGACCAACUAAAGAGGCGAAAUGUUCACGCUUAGACGAGAAUAGCAGCCCGCUCCGCAGCCUGCCAUGGGAACGCGGACGACGUAACGUUUAAUAGUCUCGACGAACGCCGUCGAAGUCUAAAGAACCGCGAGGCACUAUAAGCAAAGUGGCUCCCCAUCAUCAACCACUCAGGAUGAAAGCCAGCGGGAGCGAAGAGGAAUAUAAUCAUCCUCACAAGAUUGCGCGCAAUUCCUCUCAUGUUUGACCACAUCCAUUGUAUCGCCAAUAAUGAUUCUUGGAAUAAUCUCCCAGGAGUUAUACCAGCAACUUCUGGACCCAAAAAAUUACCAGAAUCGCACAAAUGGGGUAGAAGAGCUCAAGAGAAUCCUCUCGGAAGUGGACUUGAAAUGGGUCCCUUCUGACAGUAUUGAAGAGUUCAUCAAUUUUCUUCCCAGACUUCUGGAUGACAAUAAUUUUAAAGUAUUGUAUGGCACCUUACAAGUUUUAAACUUGCUUAUUCAGAAAUUAGAUGCAAGUUUUCAACAAUAUAUCAAACAGAUAAUUUUGGUGGCCGUCAAGGCUUUAGGUGACACUCGUACCAUCGCCAGGAAUGAAUACAUGAACAUGUUUCAUCGGAUGAUGAAAACUGUUGCGCCGCAACAAGUUAUAGAUCUUGUUAUUUGUAACUUGAAACACAAGAAUUCCAGAGUCCGGGAGGAUGUUCUUAACAUCAUUAUUGCAGCUAUGCUCACUCAUCCGAGGAAAGAGUUCAACAUCCCCAAGCUUUGUUUUGAAGUUGCACCAUAUCUGGCAGACAGUAAAAGAAAGGUCCGCCACGCUGCCCUAGAGGUGUUUGCAGUUUUUGAUUUCUGCUUGGAUACAGGGAAAAAACAGCCUCUCACGAAAGCUGUGGACAUGAUUGAGCUCAAUGAGGAUGCAGAGGGUCUUAUGGCAGCUGUACAGGCCAGACGAGCAAGACACGUCCUCCCCAAACUUUCACCAGAGGGUGUGGUUGAGUACGCUCUGGUGGUGCCUAAAUCAGGGCUGCACUGCUCCCCACAGGCUUGUUGUUCAGGAGCUGAUCUGGACUGGGUGAUGAAUGGAGGACGGAUCAGCAGUGCGACUAGUCACCGAACUGAACCGGACUGUGAGCGACUGUAUAACUAUGGCAGCUUAGGAUCCCUCACUGAUGAGCUUCCCUCUCAAAGGAGGAUUGUCAGUGCAGGUAAAGGGAAGAACAAACUACCUUGGGAGACGUUGAGCUAUUCAUCGACUGAAAAUAACCAUCAGUGCCGCUCCCCAAGUGGAAAGUGCUCCGAGCAGGUGACCAUUGAAGAAGUUAUUCCGCUGAGCAGGAAAUUGAGUCCAGAGACCUACAUACCCACUUUUAGUUCUACAGAACCACAGACACCCCAAACAUCCAGGAGGAGGAUAUCUCCAGCCCGACUUAGAAGAAGCGGAAGCCUCAACAUAGACCCUGACAUCUUUAAAACUACAAACUUCACUGAGUCUGAUAGCGUGUUAUCCAAAGGACACAUUCUCUCAAGGAACCCCAGUGUUGAGCGCACACUUUCUCUUCCCUCUAACCACACUGCACCAGGCUCCUUUCUGCUGCCUUCCUACCCUCUGGCUGCACUCCCAGGAAGCGUGCUCACUCCAACACUAUCCCGUCGCCAUGCCGACUCAUCCCUUUCUAUGUCCAACACCUGGCCCAACAAGCGAGAGAACAGCCCUCACCAGCGAGACACCAGCUCCUGGGGGGACACAGCAGUCAAAGGGGACCUCUCUAGCAGAUGCUCUCCAAGGCCAAUCCGUGCAACCCUAAAGAGUUCUUCGUCAACAUCGUCAUUCCGCCGAGCCCUGAACAGCAGCAGGACAGCCUUCUCCAUUUCACCAGUUAUUCCUUCAGGAGAGCAAUUUUAUAACAAUGACCAGAGGACUAAUGCAGCCAGCAGUCCCCAGAAUCAACAUCUAGAGAAGGACCUUCAACUAGAGCCUGUGGGUGCAAACACAACAAAGGAUACUCAAGAAGAGGAGCCUCUGGACAUGCAGGAGAUGUUCAACUCGUUGCGUUCGUUGCGCAACAGUGCUGCUAAGAAGAGGGGCAAAGUGAGCCUAAGCAGUUCAGACCCAGACCAGGACAGCCCAGAUUCUGCUGUAAGAUUACCCAUGGGUCAAGACCUACUGGUCCAAGCCUCUCCCAUGCUUACCAGCUCAACCAGUGAGAGUGGUUUUUCGAGUUUGAGUCCCACCACCUCCUUUGUCUUUGGCAUCAAAAGUUCUGGAAGCAUGGCCUCCCCAGGAGUGAAGCCUCGUAUUGUAAGAGUGCCUUCUGCAAACCUACGGUCUUCUGUAUCCAUGGACUUCAGCAGCCUUCCAGAACUAUCUCAGAGGAAUGAAUUGUCAUCUGAGGUGGGUGUUGUCGGGCUGAGAGUCACUUAUUCCAAUGGAACAAUCAGAACCAGUGAAGAGGCCACAGUACCUUCUCCUCUAUUGGUCAAACCAAUGUUGACCGACUCAUUCAGAGCUGUGAAGUCUACAAAAGGAUCUCGAAGCAAUGGAAGCAGGAAUUCGCCAGCCACAGACAUGCCCGAAGGAGUCUUUGGAAGAGGCGUGUUUGGUACUGCAGUGUCCUCCCCUCGUUCGGAUUUGGCCUCACUGGAGCAGGGUGAUACAGUGGCCAAACCCACCCCUGAGCUCUCAGGGGGCAUCCCUGAUAUCUCUGGUGAUCACAGAGGGCGUGACGACCCAUUUCCAGAUGAGGUGAUGAGUGCAAGGUCCAUCCGGGAUAAGAUCCAGCUCCAGCAUCUGGAUCAGCCCGAGGUGCAGUCCAGUCAAAGGGAGAAGAUUCGGUACCGUGUCAGACAGAUGCUCUCUGACUCACCCAGUGAAGAAAAUAUAAACAUUAAAGAUCUGCAUCUGAACUGUAGCCCAAUCAGUUGUAUAGAAGACCUCACCUCGGACGAGUCACCUGUAAGCCUUACCAGCUCGGUCAGUCCACCAGGGCCUCAGAGCCCUGUCAAGUGCCUCACUCCACCCCAUCAACCAAGUCCCCCCACAGUGCCUCCCAAUCCUCACAAUCUGUCCCGUAUUAGGAGGGCGCACAGCCUCAGCAGAACGCGCCCCUCGCUGUCCCACAGCUCAGACGAGCUGUCCCCUGUUACUGUGGGCCACAAGAAAAAUGUCUCUCAGCCUCCAGAGCUGUGUCCCUUUUCCAAACCGGACCUUGCGCUGUUGCAGAGCUUCGAACUCCUGAGUUCAACGCACUGGGAGAAGAAGAUUGAAGGCCUUACAUUCCUGCGCGCUCUGGCCCAGUACCACUCUGACACACUCCAGUGCAGGCUUCGUGAUGUCUGCCUGUCUCUCAUUCAAGAGGUGAAGAACCUCAGGUCAGGUGUGUCCAGGACUGCCGUGUGUACUCUUGGCGACCUUUACAUGCACCUGCAGAAGGCAAUGGACCAAGAGCUGGAGGGGACUGUUAAAGCUUUGCUACACAAGGCAGGGGAGAGUAACGCCUUUAUUAGGCAGGAUGUUGAUGCUGCUUUAGACAGCAUGGUGCAGCACUGCACUCCCACCCGAGGCAUUCAUGCUUUACUCUCUGGGGGACUAAGUCAUCUCAAUGGACUGGUGAGGAAGUGCGGUGCCCAACACUUGGCAAAUUUGGUGGAAAAAGUCGGAGCGGCUCGGCUCCUUUCUGGAGGUAAAGAUCUAACCGAAAGAAUCUUGCCUGCAAUCACCAAGCUGUCACAAGACUCCUCACAGGAAGCAAGAUACUAUGGCCGCCGAAUGCUGCUGUCCCUGUCCUGCCACCCAGACUUUGAGAAGAUCCUUGAAAGAACGAUCCCCUCCAAAGACCUGCAGACUGCAAGAGACACCAUCUUAACGCUCAAGACCAAGGGGCUUGGCGAGAUGCCUCAGGACACCCAGUCAGCCAGAGGCAGACGCUCCCUCCCAGGCAGCGGUACAGUCCGAGCCUUGUCCCUCACCAGAGAGCCACUCAACCACCCUGUCAGAACGUCCAACAGUAAUUACAGCAACAGAUCUCAAACACAGAGUAUAGCAGACAAGAAUGAAUACAUCAAGCACAUAACAGGCCUUCUGGGCUCCAAGGACUUCCGAGAGAGAAUCAAGGGAAUGGACCAGCUCGUGGCUGACUGCCAGUACAACCCCAACGUUGUCAUCCAGAAUAUAUUCCCAGUUUUUGAUGCGCUCAAGGCCAGGCUGCAGGAGUGCAACAGCAAGGUCAACCAGUACGCUCUUGAGUCGCUGCAGAAAAUCAUCCCCUUGAUGAGGGACAACUUGUCUCAAGUGGUCAACAUUCUCGUCCCUGCUAUUGUGGACAAUCAUCUCAACUCUAGAAACAGCAUCUACUCUGCUGCUAUUGGAACCGUUGACGCACUUAUCUUCAACCUUGAUAACAGUCUCCUUCUUCAGCCUUUCUGCACUAAGGCUCAGUUUGCAAGCGGCAAAGCCAAGGUGGAUCUUGUUGAGAAAGUUGCAGAUCUUGUGAGCGAGCUGUACCCUCGCAAGCCGCAAAUGGUGGAGCAGAAAGCGCUGCCUUUGCUGUGGCACCUCCUCGGCACGUCGAGCCACAGCGGCACCGUGCACGGACGCGGGGGCAGCGUGCGUGCCGCCACUGCCAACCUGUGCCAAGCUCUGAGCGCCCACAUGGGGCCCAACCUCAGCGAGUGUGCCGCAUCCCAGUCGGCCAACGUCCACAAAGGCUUAAACGAGGUUCUGAGGAACGCAUCCAAAAGAUAAAGCGGAUUCUGAGCCGUUGGAGAAGAACAUACAGACACGACACUGACCUUACUUGAAGACAUAGAGAUGUUCGCCAUUUCUUAGUGCCUGCACUUUUAUCCCAAUGAAGAGAAAAGUCCUCAAAGACGAAGAACGUUUCCUCUUUUCUCAGUGAUACUUCUUCCUCUGGUACAGAAACUCGGACUGUUGCAACAUCCUAACAUCAGGUCCUACUCCCUCCCACACAAUGCUCUCUUUGCACAUUGACAAGGUAGCUUUCAUGAUGAUGAACACAAGAUUUGCAUAUGAAUCAGUCAUCGCUUUACUUCAUGCGCUGAACACGAACUACAGAUGACAAAUCAGAGAGCCAUUUGCGGAAUGUAAAGUUAAAAUGCACAAAAAAGGACGAAGACAGGGAUCUGAAAGAUGUAUCAUAUUUUUGCGGUGUCAUAAAAUGUCUUGUGAUAUUUUUUUAAUGUGUUUUACGUGGCUGUUAUGCUGAGUCGGUGAAAGGAGAUAUACAAGAUAUUUCUGUACAGCUGUUAUGUAUUUGCACAGUAUUAGCUUCUGUAAUCAUAAGCCGUACGAUGGUUCAGUCAACAAUUUUAUCUGCUGUGCAACGCUUUUAAAUCUUGAUGUGCCGCAGACUUUUUUGCUUGUUUGCAUGACCAUUUUUAUGAAACGAGGCACACCGUUGUUAAUAGUUGGCUAACUGUGUAUUGAGGCCUUCAUCAAGGUUGGCUAAGGAAAAGGAGUUUGGGCUUUACUCCCGUUGUUGCCCGAGAAACAAAAGGCAGAGAUGGAGGAUUUUCAGUACAGUGCCAGUCUUCAAGUAGCCUUUUAACAUAUUCUAUUGUUAAAUUAUAUUCAUCUUGUUUGUGAACAAUGACAAAGACAUUGAUAUAUAAAUAUAAAGUGUUUUAUUUCUGUAAA